AAAGUAUUGAAUAUCCUUGUGGAGUUGUAAAAUUUCAGUAAUCCAGUGUGUAAAAUGUUGUAAAAUGAAAUAUGGGUGUUACUUGGUAAGCAUGAAUGCAGUUGUAGAUAUUUAAUGCCACCUUAUGUAAAAGUUUUACUUAUAAAGCUAGGUUAUGCUGCUAUGCAUAAAAAUCAAUGAUUGGAAAGCCAAUUAAUCAAUAAAAUCAUUACUAUUGAAUGACCUAAUAAAAUCGUCUGGCGUACAGAGUAAAAUAAUAAAGUAGGGCGCAAUGUGACUCAAUGGGUUAACUAGAUACAUGGGCAGAUAGGCUAGUUAACCCAUUAAGCGCCAGUGCUCUCCCCUUGAUGAGUAAAAUCAUCUGGCGUUAGACCAUUAGAAAGUUUGUAUCGCACGGUGGAGAUAUUGGCCGUGCAAUUUUGAUGCUUUCUAUAUUUACUGUUACAUUUUCAAAAUCUCCAGCGCGCAAUUUCCAAACUUUCCAGUCAAGGCGUUAGAUAGAGUAAAUAAGUAGGGCGCAAUGCAACUCAAUGGAUUAAUUAGCUUUCCGAUUAUUGAUUUUUAUCAAUUAGAAUUUACCAAUUGUGAUUGGCAUGUAGUAAAACACUGACUACCGGAACAGCGCCGGAACACCGCCGGAACACCACCUAACCCUAACCCCAACCCUAACCCCCAAUCCUAACCCUGACCCCAACCCUAACCCCCAAUCCUAACCCUAACCCCAAACCCUAACCUUAAACAAAAUGGCGGUGUUCCGGUGUUCCGGUGGUGUUCCGGUGUUCCGGUAGUCAGUGUUUUACUACAUGCCAUUGUGAUUGGUGUUUUAGCACUAGCUAUUUGAGCAUUAUUUUUCAACUAUUUUUGGUGUUGAUAGUCAUUAACUCCAGGUUUAGAUGAGUUUUACAGUUGAUCUGUAACUGGCUAGAAUUCUUAAUUUAGAGCACAUUUUCACAUUUGAAUGUAGAGCUAGCCUCUUAAAAUAUGGAGUGUUGCUUCAUAGCUCCCUAACAUCCGCUGCCAUGGAACCUCCUCCCCUCUUUAUGACCUUCCUGAAAAAUCAAACACCCUCUUCACAACCUUCCUAAGAAUAUGUGUUUUAAUUUAGUGUAUAUCCGUGGCCAUUGGCAAGUGGCAAGAAUGGUCAACAAGUGGUUGAUAUUUUACAGAAAAAUGUUGAGUUGGCUGGUGCACACUGGUCAAAUGGCUGGUGUGUAGACUGUGAGACAUACCAGUCUGUUACAAGUUUGGGUAGGUAUUUAUUUUGUUUUUAUGCUGAAGGGCAGCUGGCCUUCAUCUCACAAUUGGUUGGUUUUGGUAAGUCCUACUGACAGUACAUCAAAAGUUGAUCAACUUCCGAAAAGUUGACACUUUUAUGACAUAUCUUGUUCUGCUUUGUGUGUUGCCGCCAAAUAUAACAUGACUUCUACUGACAUACAUAUAUAAUGAAAAGAAUUAAUUGUCAAUCUGAUAAUUGCAAAUCAAUCACUAUAUGCAGCACAAGAGCUGUUUUUAGUCCAUCGUAGAGUGAUUUUGGGAGUGCUGAUGUCCUAGAAAAAAACUAAAUAACUUUUAAAAAUGCUUCUUACUGAAAUUUUCUUGCAGAUGUAAUUUUGAUUAUUGAGCCACCUUAAGAAAAUCUGUUUUAUAAAAUUUGAUUUUUAGAAAACUGCAAGGGGCCACCUUAAUAUUCAUAUUAAAAUUAGAUUGAUUAAAAGCCACAUGCCAUAAAGCAGAGAGCCACCUUGAUAUUUGUAACAAACCGAUUGGAUACCUGUUACAAUUAUUAAGUUGCAGCAAUUUUGUUACUUGAAUUAGUUUACUUUAAAUUUAAAUUGAGUGUAAUUUCUUACCUUAAGUAAUUUCUGUCAAUGUUUAGGAAGCCCUCCAAAGAUUCUUCAUAUCGUCCACAACACAGAAUUUCCACUUUCAACAUUUGCAUGUUUGGAAAACGGUUCAUGCCUGAUUGCAGACCGAGGAUUUGAUAGCGUGAUGUCCAAGAUCAAAGGAUGUUAUGAGCCACGCAAAGGAGCUAAAAUUGAGGUUAGUCCAGUAUAUAGCUCAAUGGCUAGAGUGGCAAUCUAGAAACCUUAAAGAUGUAAGUUCGUAUCACUUUGUAUCCUCUCUUGAAACAAUGAUUUUUUCAUUGUGCUCUGCAGUAUGUGUCCGACUAUUUUUCAUGUAUCUGAGGGUGGUUCUGAAAUAGUUCAUGACUUAACAGUUGAUAUCUGUCUGGCCGCUUUUGUACACCAAAGAAUGAUCAAACGACUACUUUUUUUCUUUGCCCAUCGUGACAGAUCAUCCAUACAGAUCGUGCCAUGAAUUUUCAAAUCUGAAUUUUUUCUUUAUUCAAAGGCAAAAGGUCAGCGAUAUGAACUAGGUGAUUUUGUCAUCAAAAUUGGUCAAGUUACGGUUGGAGUCAGUUUCAAAGGAAUUCUUAUUGAGGUAUUUUCAUUUGUACAUUCAAGAAAAACGUAAGUACAUUCUGAACUGCUGUGACACCUGUGUUCAAAUUUACACACUUCCUAAGGCUAAAUUCUUCAUAUCUUUUGUUGUGCUUCCUAUUGACAGCUAUGUUUGGCUUAAACUCCCUUUCUCUCGCAUCCAGUAAAAUCUAUCAACGCGUACCUGCCUCAGGGGCCGGUUGUUCAAACUAAGCUGGAUUAUGGGUUAAAAUUUAAUCUGCUGUUUUAGUUUAUGUAUUUCUGCUCGUCUGUUUAUUUCAAAACUUCAGGGAAGAAAACUCCUACUGAUCAAGAAAUGAUUUCUGGAGAAAUAUUUUCAAAUUUAUAAACAAGCUGUUGGAAAGUUCGCUUUGAAUUUUAGGUUAAUCUAGGGUUAAGUUUAUUGGCUUUCGAACAACCGGCCCAAGAGGAUUAUGGCAUGAGAAAUAUUUUGUUUGUUUUCCGUAAAAUACGGCAUUUUUGUAACCUUGGCUUGUAGGUUGAGUAUCUUCCGUGUCUCGUAGCAUCGCAGUGUUGGAGUUUACUGCAGGAAUUUUUAGAAGGAAUAACAGGAAUUGCGGUGACAGUGCCUUCAUUACCGAGUAAGAAGAGCGACAGUAAGUUCAAACCUUCGGAUACUAUUAUGCAAUAUCUUGAACAGUUUAACAAGUGGAAAAAGGCAAGUACCACCUAAUUGUGAUCUAUUAUACCUUGCGACGCAGAAAGCCUUAUGGAGAAGGAGUUUAAUGCACAGUGCUAUGCAAGAAUCACUGUGUCACUUGUACAUAUGCUCAGUUUUUAAUCUCGUGUAGAUGAAAAACAAAGCUGACAUCAAUAUCGCAAUAUUUGUGGUGAAACGGCUCUUAUAAAAACCGGCGACAAAAUCGGUUUUUUAAAAGAUAUUCAAAACAACACAAGAAAACAUUUUUUUCAGUUUAUCGAUUAAUCGCGUCACCAUACUAUUGUUACAAGGAAGACUGGUGUGCGGCUGAAACGCUUUUGCGGUCUACAAUAAAUGCGGCAGUGUUUUUAAAAGUUCGGAAAGGAAUCUUCAAAGGGGAAAUGAAAGAUUUUCCGCAGAAGUAUAGACCUUAUUUGCGCAAGUAUGGCGACCGUGGGGAAAGGAAAGCUGCUUGCAUUGGAUUGAUGGAAAAGGCAACUACAACGUAGAUUUAAUGGUUUUUCGGAGAGAAAUCUGCAAAUACUGAUAUUGCGCAAGGCGAUGGGGAAUAAAAGAGUGUACGUAGAAUUAUAAACCUUCGAUACGCAAGUAGCACAUAACUGGAUUAUACGAAUAAUUACUGAUAGAAGCUAGGCAAAGAUAGCGGAUAUUAAACAUUCAAAAUAACGGCUGCAACAGCGCGGGUGACUGAGAUAUCAAUCCAUUAUCCAGCUUCACUCUCAAACUUCCAUAAAUGUGAACAAAAAUAGAAAAGCACUAACUUUUUAAUUAAUCUUCCAAACCAUGUUUUUUAAUUUCUAUUAAAUAUGAUUAAGAGAUCACCUAAUCCAUACUAAGAUAACUCGUACUCCAGUUCUAAGCAACAAUUUUG